UUUAAAUGGCACCCAGCAGUUGGCGUGAGGGGCUGCAGGAGCUUGGGGGCUGGUGGCAGGAACAAGUCCUUUCCGACCCCAUGGAGCUGUAUGAGACCUCCCCCUACUUCUACCAGGAACCCCGCUUCUACGACGGGGAGAACUACCUGCCUGUCCACCUCCAGGGCUUCGAGCCGCCAGGCUAUGAGCGGACUGAGCUCGGCCUGAGCCCCGAGGCCCACGGGCCCCUGGAAGACAAGGGGCUGGGGACCCCCGAGCACUGUCCGGGCCAGUGCCUGCCGUGGGCGUGCAAGGUGUGUAAGAGGAAGUCGGUGUCCGUGGACCGGCGGCGGGCGGCCACACUGAGGGAGAAGCGGAGGCUCAAGAAGGUAAACGAGGCCUUCGAGGCCCUGAAGAGGAGCACCCUGCUCAACCCCAACCAGCGGCUGCCCAAGGUGGAGAUCCUGCGCAGCGCCAUCCAGUACAUUGAGCGCCUGCAGGCCCUGCUCAGCUCCCUCAACCAGGAGGAGCGUGACCUGCGCUACCGAGGCGGGGGCGGGCCCCAGCCGGGGGUGCCCAGCGAAUGCAGCUCUCACAGUGCCUCCUGCAGUCCAGAGUGGGGCAGCGCGCUGGAGUUCAGCACCAACCCAGGAGAUCAUCUGCUCACAGCUGACCCCACAGAUGCCCACAACCUGCACUCCCUCACCUCCAUCGUGGACAGCAUCACAGUGGAGGAUGUGUCUGUGGCCUUCCCAGAUGAAACCAUGCCCAACUGAGAUUGUCUGUCAGGCCGGGCAUCCAUGCAAGUCCCCCCAAGCUGGCCACAGAUGCCACCACUUCUGCAAUAGAGGCCUCCUAAGCCAGGCUGUCCUGAUGCCAGGAAGCGAGCCCUGGGCUACCAUAGGCCAGGCUAUCCCUCUCCUCAUCCAUAUAAGAUUAACCCACUAACCAGCAAGGGAAUGGAUGCCCUCAUUUAGCUGGCUCCUUAGAGCACAGGGCAUCCCCUUUCUAGGGAGAUAAAGCAGGGGACCAGAGUGCCCCCUCGUGUAUGCCCCCCACUCAGGGGCAAAACUCAGGAGUUUCCUUUUUAUCAUAAUGCAGCCUCUAAUUCCAUGCCCCAAAUGACAGUUUGAAAGACAAAGACAGCGUCCUGACCUGGACAAGCUGUGUGUGUCUCCUGUUCUGAUCUGUUCCUGAUGCCAGUGGCUGGGCUGGGCCUGCCCUGAAUAGAGAAGAAAGGGAGAGGAACAAGUCUCUGUUCCCAAGUCCCUGGGGGGCCAAGCCUUUGCAGUGAAUAUUGGGAAACUUCCAGUGGUUUUAUGUCCUGUUUUGUUUUGUUUUGUUUUGUGUGUUGUUUGUAAAGCUGCCAUCUGACCAAGGUCUCCUGUGCUGAAGUUGCUGGGGACAGGCAGGAAAGGGGGGCGGGGGCUCUUGGGGUGAUUUCUUUUGUUAACUAAGCAUUGUGUGGUUUUGCCAUUGUUUUGUAUUUUUUUUUUCUUUUUCUUUUUGCUAACUUAUUUGGAUUUCCUUUUUUAAAAAAUGAAUAAAGAC